UGAGUGACGUUGUACGUCACAAACCCAGAAGCAGCACGACAUUGCUCGACACAUUCCGCAGCUCUCUCCGAGUUUGCGUGUAUCUCUGGAGGAAAGUGUCGGACCACGUUCAUUUCCAUAUACUUCACAGCGGCGCCAUGGCGUCUGAAGGCCCUAUGAUGAAUGGCGACAUCUCUCGCUCUCCCGGUCAGUCAGGUGCGUUGGAGGAAACCCUGCAGCAGAUGAACAUCCUCAUCCAGGAGAACCGAGACCUGAAAGAGGCCCUGCGUCAGACCAACCUCAUGAUGAAGGACCGUUUCGAAGGUCUAUCCGCGUGGCGGGAGAAGCAGCGGGAGGAGCGGGACUUCCUGGAGAACAAGCUGGAGGACGCUCGGGGACGCAUGGAGGCGUUGACCCUCCAAAACCAGGAGCUUGGCAAGAGGAGGGUGGGGGACGGGAGAACAGAGGCAGCCCUGGGAAGCGUGCUGGCGGUGUCAUCCAAUCAGAACGCUGAGCUGGAGGCUCUGCGGGCCCAGGUCUCUCGCCUGCAGGCAGAGAAGAACGACCUGGUGGCCAUGAACUCGGAGCUGCAGCUGAAGACAGACCAGGACUCGCACGAGGACUCCUUCAUUGAGAUCAUCAGGGUCUCGGAUGACGGCGUAGACGGUGUGAGCGGUGCGUGUGGUUUGGAGAGGAGCCGACGUCCAGACCUGAGCAUGACGGCGUCACGGCUGGAAAGCGAGGAGAUGACCGUCAGCCAGCUGCUCCAGUCACUGAGGAAUGAGACGCAGCGGGGCGAGCGACUGCAGGGCGAGCUCCAGGCCUCCGCUGCCAGAAUUAGCGAGCUGGAGAAGAGAAAGACGGAUGUGGAGAAAUCAACACAGACCCCCCAGACAGAGACCAAGGAGGAUUCCGGGAAAGAAGAAAAGGCAGCAUCGGAGGUGGAAAAUCUGAAGUGUCAGAUGAUGACACUGUUCAAGGACCUGCAGCAGGCCCAGAGCAAGCUGUACGAAGCAGAAGGCAUGAAGAAGAACCUGCAAGACAGAUGUCGCGAGGUGGAGCAGGACGUGGUCACUCUGAAGGCUCAGCUGGGGGAGAAGCAGGCCGUUCAGUCGGAAAACAGCCGACUGAAGCUGCAGGUGGACAGCAUGCAGUCUCAGACCCAGAUGGAGCAAAGGAAGGCCGGGGAGGAGAGGACCAACCUGGCCCAGCUGAAAGAUGCCUACACCAAGCUAUUCGAAGACUACAAUGAACUCAAAGAGGAGAAGAAGAAGAGAGAGUCUCUCAUGGUGCAGAAGGAGGUGGUGGAAGAGAUGCAAGAACGUCUGAGUUCUGCCGAAGAGGCCCUGGCUGCCAAACAGAACCACAUCGACCAAAUGAAGCAGGAGAUCUUCAGCAAAGAGGAGAAGCUACAGACAAUAUCCGUGUUCCAGGCUCAGGCGGAGGUCUACUCCUCUGACUUUUACGCAGAGCGAGCAGCGAGGGAGAAACUCCAUGAAGAGAGGGAGCGUCUGGCCGCUCAGCUGGAGUACGUAAAGAAGCAGAACCACCAGCUGCAGGAGGAGUUAGACUCGCUGGGCAGGCAAUCACUGAACGAGAUGAAGAAGAGACACGUGCCACCGGGAGGAAAUCCGCACGGAGCCACCGCUAGUCUGGUCGGAAGAGGAGGUGCCGACUGGCAGCAUCAGGGGAAUAUUCCAGAACAUGCAUGUCCCAAGUGCAAUGACAUCCUGCCGGACCUGGACUCCCUGCAGAUCCACAUCAUGGACUGCAUCAUCUAGACCUCCACCGUUAAAACAUCCAUGACAACAGUGGCUCCAUUUACACCUCAAUCUAAGUCUUCCUCUGCUCUCACAGUUCCACGGUCACCUGGGUACCGGUAAUAUUCACCUUACGAAGGGAAGAGUUCACUUUUUGGUAGGAUUUAAAAGAAAAGGAUCCUACGGCUUUAUUUAGGGAAUUAUUGCUCCCCUCUAAUUUAUUUUAAACUUGAGAAUUCGUUGAAAUUAAACAAGACAAAUUUUUGAAGUGUCAAGUUUGGAAAAGAGUUACACAAACCCUUUUGUAAUUAGACGGUCACGUGUGCGAUGCAGACAUUCAAUAAGUUCAGCCUUUGCAAGUUGGGGUAUAAACGUUAAAAAAGUCCAAUGGAAUUCUAUCUAUAUUCUUUGCUAGGAAAAGCUGUUUCAGCUGAUGACUGGGUGGUUGGCGAACGCACAAUGUAGGCACUUUAAUAUGAAGAUACCCUGUAACUAGUAUGUAAUAUAUUUAACUUGUUUAGUUAUCCGUCACUGUAAGCCCAGCCUUUCUACGUCUUUGUGCAGGAGGCUCAAAGUAGUCUGCUCAAAAGUAGUCUUUCAGAUUCCAUGUUGUACUCCUGAAUAAAAAUAAAAUCUGCAAAAUCC